GUCGCUGCUGGUGUUGCCUUGAUGAUGAUGAUGGUGGUGGUGGCGGCAUCCUCCACCCCCUCCUCCCUCAUACACACAUUGAGACAGAAAAGGAUGGCUUGAGGCUGCAAAACACGCUGCGCUGGAAUAUGGAUGGCAAGUGAUCUGAGCGAGGCGUCGUCUUCUGCCAAAAAUCACACAUUUGAGGCGAGGGUGGAGAUUAAAUGUCAUGUGGCAGCCCGCCAAAGUUCAUUCCAUCGGAUUCACUUGGAGAGCGCCGUAGCGCAGCCGUCUUGUGAUCGGCGCGGCCGAUGGCGACACAUCAACACUCUCCGGAUAGCAGCAGUGAGGAGUGUACCGUGCUGGAGGCUCCGCCCACUAAGGACACCUGCCCGCAGCAUGGCGGCAAGGUGUCCGAGUACUGCUGGGCGUGCACACGAGCGCUGUGUGUCGAGUGCGCGCCUGAGCAUGGCGACCACUCUAGGGCUUCUUUAAGCCAGGCUUUGGAGCAGUACCGGAGUUUCUUGGAGACAGGAAUGAGGGCGGCUCACGACAGACUGCCGCAGAUUUCUGCCGCCGCCGUGGUGGUGGGGGAGAUGGUCCAGCAGCUGACAAAUCAGAGGGCGGCCAUCGAGGAGGACAUUCUAUCCAGCUUCGAGGACCUUCACAAGCAGUUGGACGUGAGGAAGAGUGUUCUACUCAUGGAGUUGGAGGUCACCUAUGGCUUGAAGCACAAGGUGCUCCAGUCCCAGCUUGAGAGCCUCCAGCAGGGAGAAGGUGCCGUGUCGUCUGCAUGCGCCCGCGCAAAGGAGCUAUUAGCGACUGAUGCGUGUGCCACUAACUUGGAAGUGGAGCUGGAGCUCAAGGAGAAGCUGGAGGAACUGGCCAGACGGGGUCUGUCCUGUCAGCCGGAGGAGAACGACCAACUGGACCUGAUCCUAGAGACAGACGGACUGCGAAAGUGGAUUCACAACCUAGGCACCAUCGUGACCACCAGUGCAGUGGCAAGCCAGAGUGAAGCCAUGGGCGCCGGCCUGGAGCAAAGCAUCGUGGGACUCCCUUCCUCUGUCACCAUAGUAACCCGAGACAAGUCCGGAGGGGCCUGCAAGAGCGGGAACGCAAUCCUGUCUGCUGAGGUGUUUACACCCGAUGGCAGCAUCGUGGACGGCGAGAUCUUGGACCACAAGAAUGGAACGUAUGAGUUUGUUUACGUGGUACCCAAAGAGGGUGACUUUUCACUGGCGCUGCGUCUGUAUGACCAACACAUUAAAGGAAGUCCCUUCAAGCUAAAUGUUAGCACGCCACAGCAGGUGUCGCCCUCCACAACCACGCCCUCCAACUCCGCUGCCAACGCCACACCAUCUACAGGCUCCUCAGAAGGCGCCAAAAGGCGGGGCAAGUCCCCAGGCCAGAAGAAGAAGGGCUCCAAGAGAGCCAGCAGCGCCUUGGGAACGCCACGCCGCAAAACCCAGAACCCCAUCGAGGAUGACCUGAUCUUUCGGAUCGGAACUAAGGGCCGGAACAAAGGAGAGUUUACCAAUCUUCAAGGAGUCGCCGCGGCAGCCAGCGGGAACAUUCUGAUCGCCGACAGCAACAACCAGUGUGUGCAGGUUUUCUCCAGCCAGGGAGAAUUCAAAAGUCGAUUUGGGGUGCGUGGGCGGUCCCCGGGGCAACUGCAGCGGCCCACGGGCGUGGCAGUGCACGCCAGCGGUGACAUCAUCAUCGCCGACUACGACAACAAGUGGGUGAGCAUCUUCUCCAGUGAGGGUAAAUUCAAGGCCAAGCUGGGUUCGGGUAGGCUGAUGGGACCCAAGGGUGUGUCGGUGGACCACGAAGGUCACGUGAUUGUAGUGGACAACAAAGCCUGCACAGUUUUCAUCUUCCAGCUGACUGGAAAGCUCGUCACCAAGUUCGGGAGCCGCGGGAACGGCGACAAACAGUUUGCAGGUCCGCACUUCGCCGCUGUCAACAAAAACAACGAGAUCAUAGUGACAGACUUCCACAAUCACUCUGUCAAGGUGUUCUCUCCUGAAGGAGAGCUUCUUCUUAAGUUUGGUUCUAACGGCGAAGGCAACGGGCAGUUCAACGCCCCCACCGGCGUGGCCGUUGACGCCAAUGGAAACAUCAUUGUUGCCGACUGGGGUAACAGCCGUAUACAGGUGUUUGACGGCAGCGGCUCCUUUCUGUCCUACAUUAACACGUCAGCCGACCCUCUGUACGGGCCGCAGGGAUUGGCCCUGACCCAGGACGGACAUGUGGUGGUGGCCGACUCAGGAAACCACUGCUUCAAAGUUUACCGCUACCUACAGUGACGGCAAGACUGUGGUAGAUCGAGGAAGUGGCCGUUCCUGUUUUCGUUCUGACCAAGUCCGCAUUUGUCAUGUUGAAGAAUCCCGGACGGACGGUCGAGAUAGCGAAUGUGAGUCCAAGCGAUGUCAUCCAUCUUGUCCUCUGAUCGAGUUGAUGUCAUUCUGUCAUCGUUCAAUUCGGGUAUGUAGUCCACCUACCAACCUCCAGGGGACAAUUAAAUGCUAACUUCCUCAGCAUUGAGGGCUAAAGGUCGAAGCUAGCAGUCCCCCUGACCCUCACCGGGACAGUGCGCCGACCCUUUAAAGUGACCACUUCAAAUUGGACAUUGUCGCCUUACGAAGGACGGAAUUCGCGCCCGUGUUCCACAACGGCUGACUGAGUGGGUGGAGUCAGCCAAUGACAUCUCAUAAACUCAUGAAUUUGUUUCAUGGCAUUAAUCUUGCUUUUGAUUGUGUUCCAUUGUGUGCAUUGCAACUCUCAAGUGCCAAAGCGUUAAGUUCAUCUCUCAUUAGGAUUGACUGACCAACAUGGCUCACCCAAGAAUGGAGAUAUUUUGCUCAAGCUCAAUAGCCACCAUUUUUUGUGAGCAUUGUACUUACUUCAAUGUUCAGUACUCGGAGUGUGACGCUAACUGCUUUUUCAACUCUAACAAGCCAGCAGACACCACAAGCUCAGUGCUAAUGUCUGUUUUUAACUAUUUCCCCACCAAGACCGACGCUAGGAUUAGUUUUCAGCAUGUUCCCUAAGCUUAUUAGCAUGUGGUCCAACCCAGCUAACAUCAUUAGCAUGUUUUUUUUUUUGUUUUAAAUAUGAAUUCAGCAUGACUUUACAGUAACCUCAUGAGUUUCUAUGCUGCUCAUUGGGGUCAUAUUUGAAGAAUAUUUUUGGCACAAUUAAGUAAUAUCAUCGCUAUUCCCAAAUCCCUUGAUCACUCCAGCUAAACCUAGCUAGUCCCCAACCUUCCAAGAAUUCCAUGACCGGCUUUGUCGACCAAAGAUUGAUGGGGAAAAAGUUAACUGACCAGCUUCUUAUGCUGUGAAUACCAACAGUCAAAUCAAGGCAAUGAGGGAUGUUUAUGUGCUAUCGAUUGUUAAUCAGUUGUACAUGUGAAUGUUUCCUGUCUGCAUGUCCAUUUAAUAAUCAAUAAAUGAGAUUCUUCAUCCAAUUGGAGCUG